UCGCAGUCGCUUUCAUCCGCAUCACGGAUGGUAUGUGCCUUGCUCUGACGUAGUGGUCCUUAGAAAGGGCGCGCCGCUGCCGUGCGCCUGCUUCCGCGCGUGUACUGCCUGGCUGGAGCAGCACCACCCGGGGAUCGCGGCCGACUACGACAUGUACUGGCCGGGCGUCCGUCCACGAUCUUGCCUCGCUCUGAAGGCGAAGCAUGUUACCGACGGACGCCUGCUGGUUGCACCAGAGACGGUGCCGCAAAUGGCUGUGGAUGGGAUGUGGCCCCAGGUCGAUGCCACCGGCCGCGCCGACUGGCCGCUGGCACCAGCACCGCCCGGGACAGUCGUUCCGCUCAUCGCACUGAGCGAGUGCGUGGACGAGUGCUCAGGGCACGGGCUAUGUGUGAAAGGCCCGGAAUGCAGCUGCUUUAGCGGCUGGACCGGCGAGACGUGCGAUGUUGCGCAUGUCGCCAUCGACUGCCUCAACGGGUGCCACGGACCGGCCGGUGGCGAUCUCCCUGGCGCGUACGCCAUCUCAUGGCGGAUGGGCUCGUUUGGCCGGGCGCUCGACUUUGGCCGGCCGACGCCGGCCGCCGUCUAUGAGCAGGCCCUCGCCGAGACCCAGUGUCUGGUCGACGACGCGGAAAAUGCUGACGUGGUGCUCAUUCCCAGCGCCGGCGACCGCUGGUACCGUCGCGACGAUGUGCUCGAUUUCGUCGCAACCGCUUAUCCGCGCGCAAUAGCGCGGUGCGAGGCAGGCGAUGCCGCGCUCGUCUGGCUGCCGAUGGUCGACGACGCCGGAGCGGCCGUCUACUUUGGCCGCGAGGCCGGCGCAAGCGGGCGCAUUCCGGCAGCGGCCAAGGUCUCGGUCUUUCUCGUCAACUCGGGUCUCGAGGCUGGUAGCUACUCGCCCUUUAGCCAGGGCGCGUUCCGGCCCGGUCGCGACAUUGUCAUCCCGCCGUAUCCCAAGACCGAGUUUGCCGGCAUCGUUCCACUGCCGUCAACGCCGGUCUCGCCCAAGAUCUUCUUUUCUGGCUCGAUCACGUCGACCGCUACGUGGCCGAUUGCGCGCGGCAAUGGGCGUGCGGCUGCGCUCGCCGCUGUCGAGCGGGCGGGCGCCGACCCCGCCGACUACGCCGUUCACCGCAAGUUUGUGGAGGGCUUUGACAAGAAGAUGCGAGAGGCGCGGACGUGUCUCGCGCCGCCAGGCAAGAGCGGUGGAUGGGGAAUCCGGCUGGCAAUGGCGAUGGCUGUCGGCUGCGUCCCUGUCAUUGUCGACGACUCGCGGCGGCACAUGUUUGACGAGAUCUGGGACUACAGCGGCUUUGCUGUGCACCUUACGCCAGCUGCGGCCAUUGACGAGCUCAUCGCCACGGUCGACGCCCUGAGUGACAGCGACGUAGCGAGGAUGCGGGAAGAGGUUGCUUGUGCGCGGGCUGUUGUCACGUACGAGGCGUCGGUGUGGGCGCGGGUGAAGGAGGUGUUGGUGGCGCGGGAGAAGAGGGCAAGUCCGAAGCUUCCGUGCCAGCUGCUGCCUGCGAGUUGAUGAUGGCGAUGCCGAGGAGCCGGGCGAGAUCGGGAUCGACAGAGGCGUCCAUGUCGACUGCAGCCAUCGCAGCGCGUGCCCGAGGCGACGGCUUCACGUCUGGAUAGUACUGGGUUGACGCACGAUCGACGGUGUUGGCGUGGAUGGUCGGGUGGUGCUUGUUGGCGGUACCAAGCGACUCGGGCUUGAGAUCGUGGGCCAGAAAGGCGGCAAGGGCGCGGCGCUCCUCCUGGGUGUAGGAAGCCGCCUGGACGCCACACGCGAGGCGGGCGGUGAGGACGCCCUUGGCCGGGAGCUUCGGAUUGUCCACCGACGGCGCCACCCAGAGGUCGCGAUGGUCGCGGUCGGCAAAGACAUGCUCCCCGUGGACGACGCCCUGGACAAAGAGGACGAGCGAGCGCUCCGGUCCAGCGAUCAUGUGCCGGGCGAUGAGGGCGCGGGCGGAGGAGGCCUUGGACUUGAGGAUCGACGGGACCGAGAAAGCUUUGCCUGGCGCGACGAGGCGGUGCGAGCCGGGAACAAAGCCGAGGUGGAUGUUGCCGGGGUCGGCGGCGUAAAAGAUAGCUUGGACCC